AUGGAUGCGGUGGAGGAUCGGAAGCAGGCCGUCGAGUUUGACGGCGUCGAGUACAAGGAAACGCAGGUCGGUGUGGGUGGUCGAAGUCGCCCGCCCAGCAGCCUGCCAAGGCGUGCGGGCGACACCGUCCAGGUCGAGCGCACUGCAGCUGCGGCACCGGUGCCGGUGACACCCGCCACGAGCAGUGGCGACGGCCUGACGCCAGCCAUGACGCUGGGCACCCUGAGUUACGGGUUCGCCGAGGACACCAACGAGCGAUACAGGCGAACCAACGAAGACGGACACAAGUUCAUUUUCGGGUUCGCUGGUCGAGCCGACGAUAUGUUCUUCGCUAUCUACGACGGCCACGGCGGACGGGAAGCCGUCUCCGAAGUAGAGCGCAGGUUUCACGAGGUUUUCGCCGAGGAGCUCUCCAGGGAACGGCAAGCGGUGGAGGGAGCGAGCGGCUCGAGCGCAGCGUCGCCGCCGUUGUCUCUGGAACGUACGCGCUAUCCCGAGCGUUGCUUUCAGAGAGCAUACGCGCGAAUGGAUAGUGAGCUAGAAACGCAACGCUGUCUCUACGUUGGUUCAACGUCCAUCACUUGUUUGCUGCGGCGCGACGAGGAUGGACGACGGUACCUGCACACGGCGAACGCCGGCGACUCGCGAGCCAUCCUCGUUCGCCGUGACGGAAACGCGCUGCGGCUCUCCUACGACCACAAGGCGAGCGACGAGAACGAGGCGCGCCGGGUGAGUGACUCGGGUGGUUUCGUGGUCUGCCAUCGGGUGCUAGGUGUUCUGGCUGUGAGUCGGGCGUUUGGUGAUUUUGCGAUGAAACACGUGGUGAUCUCCGAACCCUUUACCAGUACGCAUGUCAUCGAAGAGGGCGUCGAUACGCAUGUCGUUUUGGCGUGCGACGGGCUCUUCGACGUCCUAAGUGACGAACAGGUUGCGCAAAUGAUUCUGAGCGACACGCGGAUGCGCGAAAACGCUCAGUAUGCUGCAGAGCGCCUCGUUCGGCGGGCCCUCGAAGACGGCUCCACCGAUAACGUAUCCUGCCUUGUGGUAAAACUCGACUAA